AUGGCUGGAAUGCUUUUGCUUUCAAAGAAAACCGAUUUUAUUCUCCCGGCCGAUGAAGCGGCUACGCGUGCCAGUGUUUGUUGGUUACUUCUUACCAAAUCAAACUUUGCUGUGGAGCGUACUUUGAACGCGGAGUUUUGCUCAUCCGAUGGACUUCUUCCUGUUGUCAGGCUUAAUGGGCAUCUGAUUCAAGGGUACGAUGCUUUGUGUAACGCACUCGAAGCUAACUCGGCUUUCACUGGAACACAUGUUGAAGCUGCUAGCGUAAGAAGUUCAAGGCGUGUCUAUCUAGUGUGGUUAUCUGACAUACUGCGUAACAUCAUGCUUUAUUUCACUUGGAUUCAUGAAUCUACCUACCAGACCUUCACCUUACCUCGCAUGAAGCGUUCACUACCUUGGCCACUUUCUUUAUACAUUUCCAGAAAGUGGAAAGCUCACUAUAAACUAUUUUUUGAGUCGAUGGGGUGGAGUCGUAAAAUGUUAACUGAUGUUUUGGAAGAUCUAGAUGGCGUUUGCUUCGCGCUGACCCAAUUACUUGGUCAUGGACCUUUUUUCUUCGAGCACAGUUCUCCUGGUUGUUUGGAUGCCCUUAUAUUUGGUUAUUGGACUGUGCUCGCUGACUUUGAGGUGUUUUCACCAUGCAAACCCAUCCUGGCUCGAUGUUCUCCUAUGGCUGCUUUAAUUGAACGCAUGAAAGAGCUCUGUGACUCCGAUGUUGCACACGUACUUGAAGUAAAUACAAAAUGA